UUAACCAUCAAGAUUAGAUUAUAAUUUUGAGUUUGUUUACGUUUUCGCAUUUUAAAUAAUUUCAUUAAAUAUUAUUGGAAAUAUAUCACUUUGAAUUCAGAAUGCAAUCUGUAACAGUUCUAACGCAUCAUGGCCGUAGACAAGCAGUGAAGGUUGAACCAAAUAAGACUGUUUUAUGGAUUCUAGAAGAAGUUUGCAAGAAAUUUGAUUUCGAUCCUAAUAAUUAUGACUUGAAAUGUCACAACAAACUUCUAGACUUGUCUCAAAUGUUUCGAUUCGCUGGUUUACCUAAUAAUUGUACUUUAGAAAUGGUUGAAGCUAAAAAGAAGCGAAUAGAGCAAGAUUUGACAAUUUGCGUGCAACUUGAGGAUGGAUCAAGAGUGAAUGGAAGUUUUCCAUCAUCAACAUCAUUGAAAGAUGUGAUUACCAUAUUGUGCCCGCUGAAAUCAUCUGAAGAUCAAAGCCCCGUUGUGAUUUACAUGCGAAGUGAAAUAUUUGGCGACGCUCUCGAAAAGACGACAUUAAAGAGUUUGGGACUUUCUUCUGGGGGUCGAGCUUUGAUUCGUCUUAUCAAUACAGAUCCUGAAAGUUUGAAAGUUCAAGCUAAUAUUUCUGCUCCUCUUCCUCAAAAGCCAAAAGAGGAAAUUAUAGAGAAAGAAAAACCAAGAAUUAUCUCAAAUGCUGGAUGUUCAGACACGUUCCAGUUUAAAAAUAUUCAAUUAUUGAAAGAAGAAGUUUCGACUCCUGAUAAAACACCAGAGCAACCAAUGGAAACUGAUGAACCUGUAAAGGAAGAAGCAUUGCCAAGCAAAUCAACUGAUGAAGCCGUGAAACCAAUUAAACAAUUAAAUCAUGAACUUGUUGAAGAGAGCAUGGAGCAGGAAGUUGAACAAAUUAUUAACAUCCUUGACAGUCGAGGUACAAUCGUCUUUUCAUUGGAUUCAAUGCAAACAUCAAAUGUUGAUCUCCCCGAUUCUUUCUUUGAACUUACUGAAUCUGAAGUCCGAAAGCUUUAUCGCGAUCUGAAAGUCCAAUUGGAUGAAAUCGAAAACAAGCCAUUGAUGACAACAGAGUUGCGAAAAUUAGAAGAGAAUAAGAAAAUAUUAAAUCAACUAUCGAUGUACAAGUCAUGUGCAAUUCGAAUUCAAUUCCCGAAUCGUUACGUGAUUCAAUCAAAGUUCUCUACAGUUGAAACAGUUGGUGUUGUCAUGGAAUUUGUAAAACAAUUUUUGAUUGAUUCUGAGAUGGAAUUUUAUUUGUUUACAACACCGCCAAAAACCAUACUAGAUAUGAACACAACACUCAUUGAGUCGAACUGUGUUCCAUCUGCGUUACUUCACUUUGGAUGUGAUCCAACGCUUACAAAUGACUUUCUUAAGCCGGAUCUGUAUGAAAAGUUGUCUACGGGUACAGGAGCUUCUCGUGUUCUUGCUGAUGCUAGAAAAAGCGAUUCUUCGACUUCCUCAGAUUCUGCAGGUCCAAGUAACGAUAAAAACUUUGAGAAGCCAAAACCACCUACAAACUUUCUUUCUUCAAGUGUAAGUCGGGAAAAUACAGGAGCUAUACCGAAAUGAUUACAAAGCAAAAUGGAUUGCGAUGAUGGAAUUAAAGAAAAUCCUGACAUCAAUCAACUUUUAAAUACAUUUAGUUCACUUCAAACUAAUGAGAAAGAUGAUUUGGUUGUUGGAUUUCAGAACAUUGCAAAUGAGCUUAGUUAUGCUACAGCUCGUUUCUUUCUCGAAAUGAACAACUGAUUUUGCAUGAUAUUUCGCAACUUCCUGAUAAGUAUUUUGAGAGUAAAUAUCAAUUUUAGGAAUCUUCAAGCAGCUGUUGGUUGUUAUUUUGACUUUGUCGCAAGCUCACAGAACAAUGGCCUUCAACCCAUGCCAUCAAUGCGUGUUGUUAAAGAGUUAACUGUUGGAUUAGGUGAAUCUGUAACACCAAAUACUCAAUUUACGCAAAGUUGGCUUGUUGAGAAUAAUGGAACUGUCACCUGGCCUGAAGGAUGCUAUCUUAAGCUCGUUUCAGAGAUCAACAAUGAUGGAAAAAUGCUUGUUCCACCGAUUGCGCCUAACGACACUCACAUUUUAACUAUAAAUCUUGUGAGUCCAUCUGAAGUUGGUCAAUUUAAAUCGCAAUUUUGUUUAUGUACGCCUGUUGGCACAACUUUUGGCCCAAUCAUUUGGAGCGUCGUUGAUGUAUCAGCGGCUGGAACACUUGCAUUAACACAACAACUCACGCAACUCCACACAUCACCACCAAAAACUGAAUCAUCUCAACAGGUUGGCUGUGCGAAUUGGAAUGAAGAUGGAAUGGAUGUAGGAGCUGGUGAGAGUGGAAAUGCCUCAAUGGCACUUGUUCCACAUUGUAGUAAUUUAGUGUCCGGUGAUAGACAAUUUUCGUCUAUAAAUCAGAAUCUAAUGCCAGCACCGCAAAAUUCUCCGAACGCCAAUGAUGAAGAGAUGGUGAUUGAGAAGAUCAACAGUCACAUUUUAUAAAGUGGAUGCGCCACUCUCAUCAUUUCACUCAUCAGCGAAGAAAAAAAGUUUUAAACUUAACUUCAGGAAAAUUAAAUGAAAUGUUUUUAUUUAAUACUUGCCACUUAAAUAUUUUAAUGCUUGUUACAUCAUGCAAUUUAAAACGGCAAUUGAUUGAAAUAUUUGAAUCCAAAUCAUCUCCUGGAUUCGUAUCCUGAAUUAUUGUAAAAAAUAUAAAUUUUGGGAAGAAAAAUAAAAAAUGCUAAUCGGAAGUGCAAAUCAAUAAAAAGA